GAUGUUAAAAAAAAAAAAAGAAAAGAAAAGAAAAUUAUAUGUUCCCUGACUUAUGGCUCCAUCUUCACCGUCUGGCUGGGGCUGACGCCGGUGGUGGUGCUCUGCGGCUACGAGGCGGUGAGGGAAGCUCUGGUGGGACGCUCUGAGGAGUUUGGAGGCAGACCCCAGAUACCUCUUCUGCUGAAGCUAUCAAAAGACUAUGGUUUUGUCUCCUACAACGAGAAGAAGUGGAAGGAGCUGCGGAGGUUCACGCUCAGCACCCUGCGGGACUUUGGGAUGGGGAAGAGCUCCAUGACCCAGAGGGUGCAGGAGGAGGCACAGCACCUGGUGGAACUCUUGUCAAAGCUCAAAGGGGGGUCCUUCGAGCCGAUGACCAUGUUCAGGCACGCGGUUUCCAACGUGAUCUGCUCCGUUGUCUUCGGGAGCCGCUACAGCUACACUGACAAAGCCUUCCUGGACUUGCUGAAUGCCAUCAGCAACUACAUCAGCUUCUUCCUCUCCCCUGUGGCCAAGGUCUACAACACCUUCCCCAGCAUCAUGCAGCACCUCCCAGGGCCCCACCAGAAAGUCCUGGCAGAGUGUGAGAAGCUGAAGGAGUACAUCCGAGGAAGAGUUGAGGCUCACAAGGAGACUUUGGACCCCAGCUGCCCCCGGGACUACAUCGACUGUUUCCUUAUCAAAGCAGAGAAGGAGAAGAGCAGCCCAGAGAACAUGUACAGCAACGAGGACUUGGUCAUGUCAGUGUUCAGCCUCUUUGGUGCUGGGACAGUGACUACAAGCAACACCUUGGUCUUCUUCCUCAUGAUGCUGGCAAAACACCCCCACAUUCAAGCCAAGGUGCAGGAGGAGAUUGAUGCAGUGGUGGGCAGCAGCCGUGCCCCCAGCCCGGAGGACAAGGUGAAGAUGCCUUACACCAACGCAGUGAUCCACGAGCUGCAGCGCUUCCACCGGAGCCGCAUCGAGAACUUCCCCCGCAUGACCACGCAGGACGUGGUGUUCAAGGGCUACACCAUCCCCAAGGGCACAGCUGUGAUUCCAGUCUUGUCUUCUGUGCAUUCGGAUCCAACCCAGUGGGAGAACCCCAAAAAAGUUGACCCAGGCCACUUCUUGGAUGAGAAGGGGGAGUUCAGGAAGCAUGAAGCCUUCAUGGCUUUCUCAGCAGGGAAGCGGAUGUGCCCGGGAGAAGCGCUGGCCCGCAUCGAACUCUUCCUCUUCCUCACCACGCUGCUGCAGAGCUUCACCUUCCAGCUGGCUGACAGCUACAAGGAGACAGAUUUGUUCUCCCUCUGGCUGCAGAUCGAGUGCAGGGCGGUUCCAGGCAGGUUCUUUGCUCUCCAGCGCCCCACGGCCCCCUGA